UCCGUUGAUAAUUUUUACAAGCUACGAGGUGUGUGUGUGUGUGUGCUAUGCCGAGGGGCUAACUUUAGCUGAGAUGGAGAUAGUAAUGAUGUACAUGGCUUCUUCCAUUGUUGCACUUCUUCCCCAGAAUGAAAUCUCCAAGAUGAGCUUGGAACAAGUUAGGGGGCAUAUCAUCCGGACAUUCCCCUCGGACUCUGGUCAAUUCAGCCCGGAGUAUUUCGAUCCAAAUUUCAAUUAUUCCCAGUAAUCGUAAAUGUGCCAUUGCCCGAUAACAAUAACUUCGUCAAGUUCACGCGUAGGUAGGGCAAAGCCUUUUCCCUCUCCUAAUAACACUUAGUGUAUCGAUUGCUGGAUACCUGCCUAGACCUACGACACGGAACAGAAAUCUUGAAAGAACAAACACUUAUCACUCGCCAUGCACCAGCCGCUCUACCGCCAUCUGCGCCUCAGCGAGCACGUAGCAGACGCCGACGACCAUCCAGCUCCCCAGUCGCAAGACGACGAUGCCCUCCAUCUACCCGCAGAAACCGACGUCGGCGUCCUAGAUAUCCUCCCCCUCGAGCUGCUCCAAGACGUCGUCUCCCACCUCGACCUGCGCUCCCUCACCAGCUUCCGCAGCGUCAACAGGCGCGCCACCGAGAUAGCGCUCUCGCUCCGCGAAUACCGCGCCAUCACCACGCACUACCAGAGCUCGCUGUGCGUCAUGCUCGCCGUCGACACCAGCCGGCGCAUCACCUGCCGCACCCUCUACGCCGCGCUCAGGACGUCGACGUGCAAGCGCUGUGGCGACGAAGGCGGAUACCUGUUCACGUCUACCUGCGAGCGCCUCUGCACGCACUGUCUGUCCGAGGCCAGUGUCUCUUCGCUCUUCUUCUCCUCCUCGUCGGGCCCGGCUUCACGGCUCAUUGAGCCCGUUUGAGCCCGAUAUGUAUGUCUCGGAAAACGGAUGGGGGGGGGGGGGGGCGGUUGGAGGUGGAUGUGGAGGUGGAAAGGGGGGGGUAGCACGAGGAUGGAUCCAGGCCGCCCUUUCACACGCCACUUUCGAAAGCCUGCCUAUGUUUGCGGCGUUCUUUUGGCUGAAUAAGAUAUCGCGGGGGCAAUGGUGGAACGUUCACGGCACUGGGGGCGGGAAGACUAAGCUAUAGGUUAGGUGCUUACUGGGAAGUCAAAUAAAUUGCGGUAACUUGUAUCAUAUCUCUGAGUUUAAUGCAUAUGCCCAUUAAGCAUAUAAUCAAACAGCCCUAGAUUGAAUUGCAUCAUUGAAAACAUUGGGCAGUGUCAAAGGAUAGGAGGACUGGAUGAAAAAGGGGUUGUCUUGGCAGUUUAGUUCAACGUCGAAGUCAACUUGAUUACUUAGUAUGUAGGUACAGUAGCAAAAGCCACCACCUAAUCAUAUC